AUGGCGGCGGGCGCGGGCGAGAGCCAGGAGGUGGAAAGACUCCUCUCCUACGCCGACGAUCUCCUGGGCGUCUUCCGCGUCAGCACCGACCGCGACGGCAACGCGCAGGUCGGCGCCGGAGCGCGGAGGCUGGUGUCCGCCUGCCGAUCCGAGUAUGACGACCUCGAGCUGCAGAUCAAAGAGUAUCAGGAAAAAAUAGACUCCUGCAAAGAAAAGAUUGACAAAGCAAAAGUGGAAACCAUUGCUGACGAUGAACUUAAUGCACUGCAAAGCAAGAUGGAAGAAAAACUGCAGGAAGAGAAGCAGCUUCGCGAAGAGUUAAGAUAA